AAGGCGGGCCGAGCCCUCUGCGAGCUCUGUCCGGCGUUUACGAUCCGCCUUCAUCUGUCUGUACAGUCGCUUGUCAGACCCCAGCCGCCAAGAUGGUGAAGCAGAUCGAGAGCAAGUAUGCUUUUCAGGAAGCCUUGAACAGUGCAGGGGAAAAACUUGUAGUAGUUGAUUUCUCUGCCACGUGGUGUGGACCUUGCAAAAUGAUCAAGCCCUUCUUUCAUUCCCUCUCUGAGAAGUAUUCCAACGUGGUGUUCCUUGAAGUAGAUGUGGAUGACUGUCAGGAUGUUGCUUCAGAGUGUGAAGUCAAAUGCAUGCCAACCUUCCAGUUUUUUAAAAAGGGACAGAAGGUGGGUGAAUUUUCUGGAGCUAAUAAGGAAAAACUUGAAGCUACCAUCAAUGAAUUAAUCUAAUUAUGUUUUCUGAAAACAUAACCAGCCAUUGGCUCUUGAAAACUUGUAAUUUUUUUUAUUUACAAAAAAGGAAAGAUCAAGUGUGAAGACUAUAUACCCAACUGCCAUCUGAUUAUAAGUGACAAUAAAAUAUUAAUUCUACCCUUUUUAAAACUGUCUGGUGUCUUUGAAUAGCUUUCAGAUAGGUGAAAUGUGGCCAGUAGGUGGUAACUUCUUAGUGACCUUGGUGGCCAUUGAUUUUGUUUUUUGUUUUUUAAGGGACAGCAGAAGAGGCACCUGAAGUUUAUUUAUUUUGAGAGCAAGUGAGCACAGGAGAGGGGCAGAAAGAGAGGGAGACAGAAUCCUAAGCAGGCUCCUCACUGUCGGCACAGCCCGACAUGGGGCUCAAACCUGGGAACUGUGAGAUCAUGACCUGAGCCAAAAUCAAGAGUUGCACACUUAACUGAGUCACCCAGGAUGCCCUAGGCUAUUGAUUAAGGUUAAAAAUCUUGUUGGGGGCAAUGCAGGUAAUAGAGUACUAUGUUAAAAUUGUUUGACUCCUAUGAACAGAGAAAAUCGUAUUCUCUUUUCUAGCAGGCAAAUCCCCUCUGACUGAUCCUCGUGACCAAAAUUGAGGUCCAUCCAGGAAGGAAUUUCUCUGGUUUUGAGAUUCCUGUCUCGAAAGUUACAGUGAGCUGCUGUUUUGCUAGUGGUAACUGAGUCAUGUUCUAUCAGCAGAACUUCGUGGUUGCCUCACAAGGGAGUUCUGCAAACAUUUCCAUGGGAACUUUGAUUCCCUCCAAGUAUCUUAAGAGACUGGUUUUAUAGGCCUGAUAGACAUACUUACCUAAGUGGUAAAGAGUGUUGAAGUCCUGAGUCUUUAAUGAAAGGCAAGAACAUUAAGGGUUUCAUAGAUGAGUGCUACAGAAUAGAGAGCCUAGUGGUCAGCCUGUGACAAAAGACACCAUAGUAUACAAUGGAGAGAAGAUGGUCUCCAAUCAAUGGUAGUGGGAAAAUUGGGCAGCUACAUGCCAGAGAUGAAACUGGACCACUUUCUUACACCGUAUACAAACCUAAGUGGACUAAAGACCCGACUGUGAGAAACUCGAAAGUGUAAAAUGCCCUAGUACUCUGACAUCAGCCCUAGCCACAUUUUUCUAAUGCAUCUCCUCAGGCAGGGGAAAAGAAAAGCAAAAAUGAACUUGGGACUACCCCAAACCAAAAAGCUUUUGCACAGAGAAGGAAACCAUCAACAAAAGGCAAUAACCUGAAUGGGGGAAGAUAACUGCAAAUGACCUACCCGAUAAGGGGUUGAUCUAAAGAACUACAACUCAACACCAAAGUAAUAAUCUGAUUUUAAAAGUGGGCAGAGAAUCUGAAGAGACACUUUUCCAAAGAAGGCAUACAGAUGGCCCACAGACACGCAAGAAGAUGCUCAACAUCAUCAGGGAAAAGCAAAUCAAAACCACAAUGAGGUAUCACUUCACAUGGAUCAGAAUGGCCAGAGUCAAAAAGAUAGUAACACGUGUUGACAAGGAUGUGGAGAAAAAGGGGCCCGGUGCACUGUGGGUGGGAAUGUAAACUGGUGCAGCUACCAUGGAAAACUGUGGAGUUUCCUCAAAAAAUUUAAAGUAGUGAACAAUCCAGUAAUUCUACUGGGGGUAAAAAAAAAAAAAGGAAAACACUAAAAA